GGGAUGCUUGAGAACGGUUAUGAGAAGAUGCCCCCUAUAAAAGAAACGCUAGCCAGCUAUCUCUUUGUGGGUUUAACAUCUUAUCUUAAGGCUCCCUCCCUGCAGUCCAAACCCCUUAAAGAUUCAACUUUUUUUUAUAGCAUGGCUUACGCAGCAGCAGCAAGUUGCGUCACACCACAGAUCUUGCUCUCUUUGCCACUAAGCAGGCCGCCACUGCAAUUGGCAAAUCUAUGGUGGCCAUGGUGGUUAUGGAGAGGGAUCUACUGUAUGGGUGAACCUGGUGGAUAUCAGGAUGGUGGUCGAGAAGUUUAAGCAGGCCAAGAUGCUUGGCUGCCUUUAAAUACUUCAUUCCUCGAAUGUCCAGGUCUGAGCCCAAACAAAAGAGGGGUCCUGGCCUGUCUCUAUCUAAGGGUCAGAGGUGGGUACAGAAGACUAGUGUCAUGACUCGCGCCCCUCCCCCCAUCUUCGGGUACCAAAGGGUUACAGGCAAGAUUUGAGGGAGGUGUUAUCAGGUUUAAACCUGAGCAUUUUCUCACCUCUCUCCCUGUUUUAACAUCUGCUCUCAUCUUCCUCCCAUUAAUUACCCUGAAGCUCCUCCACCUGAUUGAGGUUAGGUAGGUGCCUCCUGUGCUCACACUACAGUCUCUCAUGCUGGUCCUAUGAUGUUUUUGGUUAGUUCCUAUGUCCCAUAAAACUACCUUACUGAUAGUCCAGUCCCAAGUGCUCUUUGGACUUUACUUUCAGAUGAUAGCUGUUUGAGUCAUGCACGGGAGCCAUGAAUGUUUUUUCUCUUGAGUAUAAUUCUUCAUGACUUGCUCCUUGAUGUCUGGGCUGGGUGUCUACUUCCAGAAAGUGCCCCGGUCAGGACACACUACUGAUAUCAAGGGGUCUCCUGAGGUUUGAGUCAUCCUCUUGACCAUCAUGCACAUUCUCUGAGCUAGAGCUCCUCGCCACUGAGGCGUUAAGUGGCUUAAGGUGGUCAGGCCCAUGAGGCUUCCCUCUCACAAUGCCCUUAUGGAUGAACCAGUGAAUUGCCCCUUUGCAAAGUGGACCUGACUACACUGCAUUCCCUAAGGUACAAGUGAAAUGUGUAUCUGCAGAGACCAUUUCUAAGUGCCUCAGCUCUGAGAAGCAGUAGCAGUAGGCGUGAAUGGGUUGUUGGGUCUUGUUGCCUCUACAGGUUCUCUGUAGGCCUGGUCAAAUGAGAUUCAUACUCUCUACUGAGUGUAAGGCCAGUCCUGUUGCCUCCUUGGUUAGUUGCCUCUAUGCUGUGACCCUGUUGUUCCCUGUUGGAAUGUGUGAUCCCUUUCUAAGCUGGAUCCCAUUUCUGAUGUCCCAUCUGAGAUCAUCUGCUCCAUGGACAUGUUCAUACUCCCCAUACUGCAGGAGGGUCUUCUAUGAGCUCACCAGUCCUGGGUGGAUUACGUGAGUCCUCCUCUCUAUUCUUGAGAGCUAGGUACUUUGCCCUGUGCUAAUGAUCACCUUAGUCGAGCUGGGUUCCUCUUUUUUGUUAAGGGUUGAGCCCUCUGCUCUUUGAGGUCCGUGGCAGCGGCAUCAGGUGGUUUGGCCACUUGCUGCCCCCCUGAUAGUUUGCCCUCUCUUGGCCGAGCCUAGCAGUGCUCCCCUCACUUUUGAGUGUUCCUUUUAGAGCCCCAUUGAGUGGCAGCCUCUGGUUGUUAGGCCUCUCUCUGCAUUCCUGUUAAGCUGCUCUCGCUUUUUUUGUUUGAGCUUAGCUGUGCUCCCUCACUUAGAGUGUUACCAUCGAGCACACCGCUCCCAAUUGAGCAUCUGCGGUUUCCUUUCACAUGCAUCUUUGGGAGCGGAGCUGUGCCAAAAGUAAAAAAUAAAUGUUCUGUACAAUGCCAUGUUAAAUGAGGUCAAGCACACUCAAAGCAAACUUCCACUAACACUGCGCUGACAUCAUAUUUGGAGCGGGCACCCAAGCGAUCUUGCGGACGCAUCAAGCAUGGCACUCCUUGAUUGAGUGAGCUUAGCAGUGCUCCCCUCACCAUAAAGGAUUACCCAUGAGCAUGCCGCUCCAAAAUCGAGUGUCUGAAGUUCCUCUCCUACUUUGAGAGUUGGGCCUCCACUCCAGAGAGCUCCAGUCAGCAGCUGUGCCAGGUUGUUGGUCUACCUUCUGCCUCCAUGGCAGGUUGCUUAUUUGGUCUAGCUAGCUGUGCUUCCCUCACCGUGGAUGGUCUUUUGUGACGACGCUGCUCCCUUUUGAGCAACUGAGUCCCUCUAACUGAAGAGUCGAAUCCUUUGCUCUGUGAGAUCCACUGGGUAGCAUGUCAGGACUCUGCCUCCCUAUUAAGCUGUUCUCUUGGUGAGCUCAGCAGUGCUUCACUCACACUAGAGGGUUAUCUAUCAGCACGCUCCUUCCUUUUGGUCGGAGGGGAUAAUGUCACUGACAGCUGUCAAGGUGAUAAUGUUACUGACACCCUACCCUAGGGACAACUCAUGUCAAGUUACCUUUAUUUAUAUAGCGGUUUUAACACAGACUUAAUACAGAUUGUGUCAAAGCAACUGAACAGAGUUGGUACUUAGUGGUACUUAGGUAGAGUUGGUACUUAAUGCUUGUGGUGGUUUCUGGCAUACGCAGCAUGGCAGCAUGGGCAUACAAUUCCCCAUAGCAACCUCAAGAGGACACAGUUCAAAGUUUCCUCGAAAGAGAAUGUCUCAGGUUACAUAUGUAACCAUGGUUCCCUGAGACGGCAACGAGACACUGCAUCCUUUAGAUUCCUUGCCAUGCUUUAGAUGCAAGCUUCAGAUGAAGAAGUGGAUGACGUGUCUCCCGGCCCACUUUUAUAUUUUUGUCGUACUGGGUAAUGACAUCAUAGGCUGUCACAAUCCAAUGUUAUUGUCGUAUUUAGAUGUAUGAUUCAGGCACCGUUCAUGCUGAAGGUGUUCACCCAUAAAGUUCUCAGUGUGCAGACUUCACUUCUUUAUUUGUUCACCCAUAAUGACCUCUAGAGGAUGCAGUUAAGUCAUUCCCUUCCCAGGGAACCAUGGUUACAUAUGUACCCUAUGUCGAUUUUUACAUUUUGCAUAAUUUUUGUAAAAUAACUAAAAUCUUUAUUUAGGCUAAAUUAAAAUGACAGGGUAAUCAUUUGCAUAAAAUAUAUUUAAAUAAUUUGUGUAUCUAAUUAAAUUACUUAAACUAUGAUUAAUGAUGAUGUAAUUAUUUAUAUUUUAUAAUGAUUUUCAUUUAAGAACUAGGUCUGGGACCGGGGUUUAACAAUAAAAUACAUACAUUAAAGGCAUUUAAGAAAUAAAAAUAAACAACCUUCAUAUAACAAUAAGAUUAAAUAUAUUGGCUCAAUAAAAAAAAAAUCUAUCAUUUGUAUUCUGCCCAUAGAUGAAGAAACACUCAUGUACAGCUGCUAUGACAAGGCAAAGAUUUACAAUAACACUUUCUUUGUGUUAUUAAAGCUUUGAGCAGGAGAAACUGUGUCGCUUCACUAUGUCAGUGCGGAAAAAUUACAGACGAGUUCCAUAUCACAACUGGAAACAUGCUGUGACAGUGGCACACUGCAUGUAUGCCAUCCUUCAAAAGACCACUGGGAUCUUCACUGAGCUUGAGAGGAAAGGCUUGCUGAUUGCCUGCUUAUGUCAUGACCUGGACCACCGCGGCUACAGUAACAGUUAUCUACAGAAGUUUGAUCAUCCGUUGGCUGCCCUGUAUUCCACAUCUACCAUGGAACAGCAUCACUUUUCACAGACGGUGUCCAUCCUGCAGCUGGAAGGGCACAAUAUUUUCUCCAACCUGACUUCCAGUGAGUAUGAGCAGGUGCUGGAGAUCAUCAGGAAGGCCAUCAUCGCCACAGACCUCGCCUUGUACUUUGGCAACCGCAAGCAGCUGGCCGAACUGCUGGCCACAGGGGCGCUGGACCUGAACAACCGAGCUCACAGGGACCGCGUGAUCGGUCUGAUGAUGACGGCCUGUGAUCUCUGCUCUGUGACCAAACUGUGGCCCGUCACAAGACUCACAGCCAAUGACAUUUAUGCAGAGUUCUGGACUGAGGGGGAUGAAAUGAAGAAGAUUGGAAUGCAGCCCAUUCCUAUGAUGGACAGAGAUAAAAAGGAUGAGGUUCCCCAGGGACAGGUGGGGUUUUACAAUGCUGUGGCUAUUCCCUGUUACACCACCCUGUCAGAGCUGUUUCCUCCCUCCAGUCCUCUGCUUACAGCCUGCAGGGAAAACCUGGCCCAAUGGGAACGAAUCGUGCAAGGAGAGGACACUUCUGCGUGGGCUUCCACUGAAGAGGCCGAGCUGAGCGAGACAUCAGACAGUGGACCAGUAAAAGUGGACAACUGAAUCUGUGGCACCUGUCCCACAGCACCACCUACACCCUGCCAGAACACUGGACUUCCUGUGGACAGUGCCACUUCCUGCAGAGACAGGAGGAAGCGCAGAGGGCAGGCGGGGAAGGAUACAUUCAGACAAAUAAACAAAACAUAAUGUUACCUCAGUGGGUGACGGAGGCGUACACUCUAAUGACAUCAGGGCUCCCUCGUCGAUGGCUGGGACUCAAGUCCACUUCAGCAGAACGGCAGUACUUUUCCUUAGGAGGUUGCUUCAGCAUCUUUUUGCUUAGAGUAUUAUUAUUUGAUUUGAUUAUUUUUCAGUUUCUUUCAUGGUCUUACAUUUGAAGAGGCCUUAAAUACCAACCCGAGUCACGAUCUGGUUGGGGGACUCGUAACUAAGUUUAAAAUGGUACUUUUUAUCCUGCUGUGGUCAAAAUACGCAAAGCUUACUUGAGUGGAUUUAUUUUCUAAGACAGACAGAGAGAUUGUUUUGUCGCAGUUGAGGUGAAUGAGGCACGAUAAACCUGACGUCUGAUGGAUGUUUUAUAUAAUAUUUCGAGGCAAAAAUGUUUUGCAGUACUUGAAUGAAGAAAUGCAGCCUAUUCUGAGUGGAGUUGAAAACAAGAAUCCCCUAAAGCGCGUCCUUCCAGAGCAAACAGCUUUUGUGACGGCAUGAGUUUGACUCUGAAUCGUACUGGAGUCAACACACAAGUCACGGUGUUCCUCACCGAGAUCUCGCAGUAUCUUCCAACCCGGUAUGAAUUUAACCCAUUGAAGAUCAUAGCGCUAUUGACAUUUAAAAUAAGGAAUCAAAGGUUUAAUAAUUAUCAUAUAAUAAUAAAAUCCCUGCUCAUGCUAAUCCAUAUAAUGGCAGUGAAUAGCGAUCAACUUCAAACUUUAAAGAAAAAGAUCACGGAAUAAUUCCAUGUGACCCGUGCUGCAUCUUCCGUGUGUUUUAAGGUCACAUAAUAAGGUUUGGCGAAAAACAAAAUGAAACUUUAAUUAUUUUAUUACAUUUCUGACUUUUCCUGUUGGUUUAAUUAAGGAGUAAUGAGUACAUUUUCACUUCUGGGUGACCUAUCCCUUUAACUCUGUGGACUAACCCUCUUCAAAAUGCCCCAACAACAACAAAAAAAUGACUGACCAAUCUUAUCUUAGUAACUGGUGCAUCCACCGUGAAACCAGACAAACUGUUCCUCUUUUCUAAUGUAAGUCUAUGAGAAUCUCGCAUGUUUGGUAUCUUUUAAAGGAAUUGGAUCGAAAUCAGUUUCCACAGCACUUAAAAAUAUCUAAUAAUGACAACAUAAACAUCAACACAUUACGUUCCCUUUUCCAAAUCUAAAUAAACCUUAAAAACAUCAUACUGUGGAUUAAACUUUCUAAAUCUCACUCCCAAAUCAACAUGAUUCACAAGUCUUUAAAGAUAAUUGUUAUUGUGUAAUUCAGACACAAUCUUUACACAAAAUCAGCCGAGGAAUAAUGCUUUGCAAUGUCACACUUCUUCAUUGCUUUACGCUCCAGUUUCUAUGGGAUGUUCUGUAAUGUUGUGUGAGCAAAGAACAGUAACCAAUGAGGCGGAGCUUAGUGAAGGGGCAAUUCCACUGCACUUUCUGGAGAGUACGGUUUAUGUCUUCUACAUAAUAUAUUGUCAAAAGCAGGCUAAGAUAAAUUUCAAGUUGCGACCCAACAAAAAUGUCUGCCUUCGUUUCAAAUGGCUGAACUUUAUUUACUUUGUAUCUGUAAGAGGCGCCUGCAGUCCAUGCAGACAGUGAUGGAGCUGUGACUGACUGAUGGCCUUCUGUAAAUACUGCAGGACUGAUGAGUGAAUGUAAUCAAUACUGUCACAAACUGCUUCAAGAUGCCUGUUAGUUUUUAAGUGUACCAAAGGUGUGUACACCAUCGGAUAUGGGAAUGUUAAACAUGGCUUCCAGUGGUUGUGCUUGGAGUUUGGAGAUGUAAGCUACAUUCUAAUGGUGCUAUCUAAGGCAGUCAUGCACUUUCUGAUCCCGUGCGCAUGCGAGUGCAUGUGUGUGUGUGUGUGUGUGUGUGUGUGUGUGUGUGUUUGCUCUGGAGUAACGCUACCAACCCCCAUCUUCUUCGGAGUCAGAGUUGAGAGGCUCUGUUCAGCACCGCUCACCUCCAUCACCAAGAUCAUCCACAACCAGUUGUCUUUCCCCUCAUAUGCACUAUGUUUAGAGACUAUUAUUAUUGUUAUUAAUAUUAUUGCUCCUAUUAUAUUAUUAUUGAUUAUUACCAUUGUUAUUUUGUUAAUUAGAGUUCAAUUUUAAAUUAACUUAUAUUUUUUAUACAAAGUUUAGCAUUUUUGCUUUGUACAGAACAAAUUGUACAUUAUGGAAAUAAAGCAAAUGGUCAUUUAGAGAAACUGCAUACUGUUGCCCGAGAUAAAUGUCUCAACUCUAAAUGUACGAGCAGUAAUUACUUUUAUUAAAUAUUUCUGAUGAAUUCAAA